CAUAUUUGGAUAAAUCUGUAAAUGAAAGGAAUAAUAAAUUGCAUUAUCUUGUCAGUUGUCACCCUUCACCGAAACACAAGAACAAGAAGUACAAGCAGGAGCAGUCUAAAGUUGAGAUUCACCCAACAUGAGCGUGAAAAACAAUGAAGGGUCCAAGAACAUGAUGGAGUGUACAAAAGAAAAGGCUGAGAAUCAAAUAUGGAGAUACCUUCCUUUGGAGCUUCUAAGCUCAGUAAUGACUUAUCUUGAAAUCAAAGAUAACGUAAGAGCUUCUGUUGUAUGCAAAUCGUGGUAUGAAGCCGCAGUUUCAGUUAGGGUCGUAGACCGAUCUCCUUGGCUCAUGUGCUUCCCUCAAACCAAGAACACUUACGAGUUUUAUGAUCCAUCAAACAGUAAGAAAUACGCAAUGGAACUGCCUAAAUCAUUAGUUGGCUCUAUUGUUCGUUACUCUAAAGAUGGUUGGGUACUUAUGAGCAAAGAGGAUUCAUCAGACUUUGUCUUGUUCAAUCCGUUUAGUAUGGAUCUUGUGGUCUUGCCUGAUCUUCAGCUGUGGAAUUAUUAUCAGUUAGUGGGUUUCUCUUGUGCUCCUACAUCUAGUGAGUGUGUUGUGUUUACGAUCAAGGAUUAUGAUCCUGGCCAUGUCACUAUCCGCACUUGGAGCCCCGGUCAAACGAUGUGGACUUCAAUGCAGGUUGAGUCUCAAUUUCUUGAUGUUGAAGAUAACAAAGUUGUCUUCUUAAAUGGUGUGUUUUAUUGUCUCAACCGAAGAAACUGGCUUGCGGUUUUUGAUCCGUCUUUACGCACAUGGAAUGCUCUUGCUGUACGGCCACCUAUAUGUCCCGAUGAGGAUUGGAAUGGAGGAAGGUUCAUGGUGGGUUAUAAAGGAGAUAUAUUUGUGAUAUGUACAUAUGAAAACAAGGAUCCUUUGCUGUUUCAACUCGAUCUUGCAAGAGGUACUUGGGAAAAGAAUGUUACACUUGGUAGCUUAACUAUUUUUGUGAGUAGUAAGUCAUGUGAAGCGAGAACUUAUGUCAACAAGGGGAUGUUAAGGAAUAGCGUCUACUUCCCUAUGUUAAGUCACGGUGAGAAACGUUGUGUGGCGUAUUCGGUUCAUGAAAGGAGAUACCACCACCCGCGUGAGCAUAAUCUUGAUUGGGGAAACCAGCUUUCUUCUAAUGACUUUUGGAUUGAGCCUCCCAAGAACGUUUUUGAGCUGAUUUAAAAGUAUUUUGGCAAUGUUUGUAUGGAGUAAUCAUUAGUUUGAUCUUGGCACAUCUUAUAUGAUGAGAGAUUGGAAAAAGAGCUUUUUGGAUAGGCUUCUUAAACAGAUUUGAGAUGUGAGGUGAAUCAAUACCUAUCUACCUGUUGUAUCUAUAUUUUAAUGGGAUUAUUAUGGAUUAUUAUGAA